AAAGAAAGUCACUCUCUCCAUUUUUUGGGACAGUGAAGAAGCAGUAGAUUUUUUGCCGAGAUCGGGGAGGGAGUGGAGCUGCACUCCCACUAUUUUUUUCUCACUUUUUACUCCUCUUCCUCUGAGUUGAGGAAGACAUUUGCUAGAGGAGAAGUUUCACCAUGUCAAGGCAAGCUCCACUCCCACCACGUGGGCCCUUCCAGAAGAAGCUUAAUUCUCACUUGAAUUAUGAAACCAUUUCUCCUCCCUCACAUGCUAAAUCCUAUAUGCAAUACCCAAAACAGCAUGAGUCUUCCUCCCAAAGCUCAAUCUUAGAAGAGAAGCCAGCAUGGCUGGAUGAACUGUUAAAUGACCCUGAGGCAAAUUCUAGUGGCAUAUAUCUCCGUCGGUCAGCUAGUGAUUCUGUUACACUUUUGAAUGAUCUCAUCAGUUCAUUUCCAGACUUCAAUCAACAUGAUGGUGAAGAGAAUUAUGUUGAUGGUGAAACUGGCACCGGCUUGGAGACUGCCUGCAUGUAUGGUCCUAAUUCCCCUAGGAAAAAAGGCCACCCAAUCAAUUCAGGAAAUGCCUUAGUUUCGGCCUUAUCAGAAAGCAUUUCUCAGGACCAUCUGCAGCAUGUUGAUGGCAGUCCUACUUUUCAUGGGAUUACCUGUUCAAAGUCAAAGCUAGAUCGUUGUGUUCCUGUUGGUGAUCACACUGCUGAAACAAACCUGGCAAAGCGGCACUCAGGACAGCGCUCUAGGGUCCGUAAACUCCAGUACAUAGCUGAACUGGAAAGAACUGUUAACAGUCUACAGGCUUUCAUAUCAGAACUGGCCACCAGAAUUAGUUCUCUGCUUCAGCACCAUGUUGCUUUAUCCAUGGAGAAUAGUGAAUUACAGCAUCAGCUGGCCUCACUGCAGCAGGAAAAACUGAUCCUGGAGGGGCAACACCAAUUGCUGAAGAAGGAAGCUGAGAGACUGAACAGUCAUUUAGCUGAUUCUCCUAAUAACAAAUUUAGAACAUGUUUUGAGCCUAGUGCUGCUACUCAGCCUGCCGGAUCGGAGUUUACUUGGCAGAAGUUAGAUAUGUCAAAGCUCAAUCUUAAUUGACACAGAAGAAUGGCUGAAGAAUCAAGGUCAGGUUUAUCCUGUAAAUGUCAUGAUUGACGGAUUAGUUAUGAAUGCACAUUUCCUUCAAUCAGACCUUAGAAUUGUAAACUUCAAAGCUUUUGUUGAGAUUCAGAUUAUGUUGGUAGGGAGGUAGUGAGGUGAACAAACAGAAAGUCGAGGUGGAAAACGGAAGGGAAGAAAGAAAUGUAGUUUAGACAGAUUUGCACAUUUACCCCCUUCAACUUCCCCAAUUUUUCCAAGUUUGGAUGCUUGGAGUCUUGGAGAUCAUGAAAUUAAUCUUAUUGCGCUGA